CAUUCUGAGCUUGAACUAUGGUUUAGACACGGCUUCCUCCAACAAUUACAUUCUUAAACUGGCGGAGCAUCUUGGCUACCCCGUCAUCAGUUGGGACCCGAACUACCCCGGGGCACUGCAGAAUGACCGGCAUUCUCGGGUGUUGCAGAUAGCCCCUACCAUCACCCACCAAUGUGAGGGGAUGCAUCGCAUCUUGAGGCGAUACAAUUGGACCGAGUUUGCCAUUGUGACCACCAAACUAAGCAGUAGUGAUGAUUUCAUCAGCUGUAUGCGAGACAUGGUAAAGCGAACCAGUGUGACUCAGGGAUACGUUUCCACUGCGAAGUACACUAUCAAAGCCACGGUACAGAUUGAUAUUGAUGACUUCGACGAUUCAGAAUACAAACUCGCUGUUAUUCGACAUAAUCUGAAAAUCAUCGAAAGGACGGUAUCAAGAGUCAUCAUACUUCAUGCAGGUUCAUACGACGCUCUGGACAUUUUGGACGUUGCCCAACGGAUGAACCUUACCGCCCGGAAGUUCAUGUGGCUGCUCACGUCCUCUAGUAUGGGCGCCCGUGUAGGAACGAUGACAACCUUUCCGGUCGGACUGCUUGGCAUCCUUUACAACAGCUCACAGGAAGUCAUUGAGAGUGCAAUGGAGACGUCCGUCCGUCUCUGGGCUCUGGGGCUCGAGCAGCUAGCCCGUGACGACGUCUCGCUUAGCCAGAUCAACAUCUACCCGGAAAACACGUGCACCGCUACCAAGCUUGGAUACUGGCGGGACGGAGAUCGGCUGUACAGGGCCAUUAAGAACGUGACGAUGGAUGAUCCGCCAGUGUCAUUUAGCGAUAACGGCGUGAUUGAAAACGUUGAGCUGAAAAUCUACAAUGUAAGACCACACUCGAACCCGCGCUACGCCCGCAGAGGAAGGAACAUGUGGACCUCUGUUGGCAACAUCGUCCCGUUGAAGGUAGGCCACAUAACACAAAUGACAAUCCAAAUGGAUGAAGUGGUGUGGCCGGGUGGCGCGGUCUCUCCGCCCCUUGGCAAGCCAGAAAAGCGAUUCUUUCGUAUCGUGACUUUUAAAGAAGAGCCGUAUAUCAAUUAUUUGUCACCGGACCUGGGGACUGGCCAGUGCACCCACCAUGCGGUGCCCUGCAAACUCGGCCCAAACCCGCCGUCGGACGAUCCUCAUAUAUAUGACAACGCUACGAUAGACCCGAAGUCUGGCCUGGUAAACUUCUGCUGCUCAGGUCUAAGUGUAGACCUGCUUCAGAUACUUAGCGAGAAGAUGAACUUCGAGUACGAGAUGUACGAAGUGCCUGACCAAAACUGGGGAAUUAAAGACGAGAAUGGCGAGUGGUCAGGUCUGGUCAAGGAGAUGAUCGAAAAGAAGGCAGACAUGGUGAUUACGUCCAUCAAGAUCAACCACCAGCGGGCCACUGCCAUGGAGUUCUCCACCCCCUUUCUUGAGACCGGCAUUACAAUCCUCGUGGCACUCCGCAAGGGAGCAAUCUCUGCCACCGCUUUUCUCGAACACAAGUUCUCGCUGUUCCGCUCAUUCUGGCUGAUCUGGGCCAUGUUGUUCGGUGCGUCUGUAUCCACGGACAACCCUCGGGGCGUCUCCUCCAGAUUCCUGGCCAAUGUAUGGGCGCUCUUUGCCCUUGUCUUUCUUGCCAGCUAUACAGCCAAUUUGGCGGCCUUUAUGAUCACAAUUGACGAAUAUUUUGACCUUAGUGGCAUUCAAGAUUGGAGGCUUAUGAACCCGACCGCAGUUUCCCCUCACUUUAAAUUCGCUACAGUGCCAGGCGGGAGCACCGAGGACAAUAUUCGCAUGAAUUAUCCAAGAAUGCAUAAAUAUAUGAAGAAGUAUAAUAAAACGAGCGUCCCCAUAGGUAUAAGAGCUCUCAAAGUAGGUGAGAUUGAUGCGUUUAUUUACGACGCAACUGUGCUUGAGUACAAUGCAGGAAAGGACACCGAGUGUGAUCUUUUAACAGUCGGAAAGUGGUAUGCUAUGACCGGGUACGGGGUCGGAUUUCCCAAGAACUCACCACAUGUGGAUGAAGUCAAUAAAAUUAUACUGGACCUGCAACGAAACGGUGAACUGGACAGAUUACAGAAAUUCUGGUUAGCCGGUGCGUGUCAUGCUAAAAAAGACAAGAAAGAUAAGGCCAGUCGGGAAAUUGGAAUUCCAAACUUUACCAGUGCUUUCAUUUUAUUGGCCACUGGAGUUACAUUGGCCACGAUAUUGAUGCUUUUAGAGCAUUGUUAUUUCAAAUUUGGCAGGCGAUGCCUAAAAAAAUAUGACAAGACCGGUUGUUGUGCCCUUGUCAGCCUGAGCAUGGGGAAGUCGUUGACGUUCGAGCAGUCUGUAAUGGAUGCUAUCGACUUUCACAAGAAGCACAGGUGUAAAGACCCGCUGUGUGAAACCCAGCUGUGGAAGGCCAGACAUGAACUUGACAUCGCCCUGGUCAAUCUUGAAAGAAUAAAAGAGGAGCUGAGUCAUGUUCACAGCGGGGAACGAAACUUAAUCAGCGCACCAGUAGGUCACGAAACUAAACCACGGGAGCAAAAUGGGAAAUCAGUCACGCAAAUGAAGGACUGCAAUUCCGAGUCACACUAUGAAACUCCAGACAGUCUACGACAAAGGAUUGUGAAUAAUGUGUCUGUAGACCCAUUUGCGUCGGAUAAUCGUAGACAAAGGGGUGUUAACCCACAAAAUUCCAAACCUUCUGAAAAUAAAGUAUUAGAGUUAUCAGACUUGGACAAAAAGCGCCAGCAAUUUCGGCGUUCGCCAAGUUACACAAAUGCAAUUUCAGUUGAUAGUGACAAAAAAGAGGAAAAUGAUUCUGCAAAAACAAUAUCUCCUCCGCUCUCCAAUAUGGAAAUAAAUAGUCCCAAACGCUGCAAUUCUUACUCUCAGGCAGUAGAGCAUUCCCCAGUCUUGGAUCGGAGAGAUAAUGAUAGGAGAAAUACAAAAACUAAAUACUUUGAUGGAAAAUACUAUGUCGGAGUUUCAAAUAAAACGGAUGACAGUGCAUUGUGAUUGAGUGAAGUUCUUUUGAAUUGAAUGAAAACCAUAAUAUUACCAUAUUCCGUUGAUAUAGUUGACCCGUGGCCUAUGAUAUUAUUAUAUUUAGGGGAAGGGGGUCUUAAUUUUUGAUGAGAUUUCUUUUUUAAAGUAUAAUUGGAAUCAUUCGAUAGUGAAAAGUUUUAGAUGAAUGUUUUAACUACUCCAUGAGGAUAUGGAACAAACAAAUCCGUCGCUAGUGUUUAAAUAUGUAAUGUUUCUGAAAUACCUUCAAAUAAAAUGUCUUUCUUAUUCAGCAAAACGGCUAUUUGGACCUAGCUUUCCGUCCUUUUUUAUGUGGUGAUAAACUGGCGAAUGUUUUAAAUACUGUACAUCUUUGUCUUUAUCGUUAUGGGGUUAACAUGUGUAAUCAUAUCAACUGAAUGUUUCAGUAUGCAUUAAACUGACAUAGAUCAUCGUCUUUGCCACUUGUUGUCAUAGAAACGUCAUAGAUUAGCUCAAAUUCAUAAAUUAUCAUAACGUUUUUUUGUAUAUGAUAUUAUAUAUAUGUAGAAACAUUGUUUUUCACAUAUUUGUACAUAAAUUGAAUUAUCUAGAACAGAUGAAAAAGAUGACUGUGUUACUUUCAAUCGAGCAAAAUGCAAAAACAAUGUUUAACUAAAAAGGAACGUACAUAUUUAACAUUUUUUAAGAGAAGGAGGGGUGUGUGUAGUACAAGAUGAAAGAGAAACUACCGGUAGACUAGAUUAAAUGUUAUAUCAUUUGUUAUUAUUAUCUAUUUACAUGUAUAUAUUAAUCAUAUAUAGAUCACAAUAUGUCAAUAAUACGAAACAUAAGUA